AUGGUGAGCGUUGAAUCUCGUUACACCGUCUUACCCUCUAAACCCACCCCAAAUGGAAAACUCUUCUCCUUGAUCGAACAAAUUAAGCUUCGCACUCACGCGCCACUCCUGUACGUGUACAAGCCACACCCCGAUCACGAUGCAUCAACCUUUGUUAACACCUUGAGGCACUCUCUUAGCCAAGCUUUGACCAUCUAUUACCCUCUUGCGGGUAGGUUGAGUUCGAUCGAAGGUGGAAAAUGGGAGCUUCAUUGCAAUGCCAAGGGAGCACAACUCUUGGAAGCCAAUUGCAAAGAUUUAAACUUGGAUGAUUUGGGUGAUUUUGUGCCUACCCAUUUGGUGUCACAACUCAUACCCAACAUUGACUACAAUGUCCUAGUUGAGGACAUACCUUUGUUGGUUGUGCAACUAACGAGGUUCCCUUGUGGCGGUGUUACCAUUGGGGUGGCCUUGUGUCGUUGCGCAAUCGACGGAACCGCGUCCAUGCGGUUCAUGACCACGUGGGCCAAGUUGGCUAGGAAGGAAAAUUUGGACCACGUGGAAAUGAUGCCGUGCUGUGAUCGAAAUAAGUUGAAUUCGUACAAGGUUGAUGAUUCGAGGUCCCACGACCAUUCGGAGUUUCGCACUCCUCCGAAUUGGUUAGGUUCAUUAGGAGGCAGAGACACUAAUGUUGUGGUUGCAAUAGUGAAGCUCACAGAUGCACAAGUGAAGAAGCUCAAGCACAAGGUAAAUUACGUUAACAUAAUUAACACUACUAGAGCUAGUAGUACUUCACGACCUUAUUCAACUUUUGAGGUUGUUGCUGGGUAUUUGUGGAAGUGUGUGAGUAAAGCACGUUAUGAGGGGAAAAGUGACCAACCUACGAGGUUGUCUACUUUGGUUAAUUGUAGGAACCGAAUAACUCCACCACUUCCUAAUGGGUAUGCGGGAAAUGCAGCAUUUCCCACCGUGACACCCACAUGCUCCUUUGGUGAAAUCAUGCAAAAACCUUUGGGUUAUGCAAUUGGGAACGUUAGGGUGGCACUUGAAAGGGUGACAAGGGAGUUUGUGGGGUCAGCACUUGAUCACAUAGCAAAGGAGAAAGACAUGAAUUUGGUGAGGUACAAUUUUCACUACCCAACCUCAAGUGUGCAUAAGGGACCUUACAAGGGGAAUCCGAACCUUUUUGUUGUUAGUUGGAUGAAUUUUUCGUAUAAGGAUGCGGAUUUUGGAUUUGGGAAGCCUUUGUAUUUUGGCCCUGGGUUCAUGGAUGCUGAAGGGAAGGCAUUUGUUAUGAAUAAGGCUAAUGGGGAUGGCCUCAUUGUGGCAAUUUCUUUGGAGGCAUCUCACAUGGAUGCUUUCAAGAAAUUCUUUUACGGUGACAUCCAAGAGGAGGAAUUUCCUAUUUCCAAACUGUGAUUGUUAAAAUCUCAAAUUUUGACUAGGAUACUUUCUUGCUUGUGCGGCCUCCUUGGACUGAAUUGAUUUUUCAAAUACGGAUACUGAGACAUGGUGAAAUAAUUUGAUUUGGUCUUGAUUGGUUGAUUUGGCAGCAGGGAAAGAAAGUUAUUAUGGCAACAUCUUUGAAAAGAAGUACCCUUGUUUAUUUAAUUUUUUUUACCAUGUUUUCAGAGCUAUAUUUGGAUUUGAGGAAAUGAGAUGUAUAAUGGAAAAAGAUGAAGUGAAAUAGAUUUAAGGUUUAUUGUUUGGAUUGAAAAAUAAAAUAAAAUAACGGAAUGAAAAGUAAUGAAGUUUAUUCUA